GAAAGCAGUUGAAUUUGAACUGUCGUGGAAUACAGACUUGAAAAAGUAUUUCCCUUUUUCUGCUAAGAUAGCAAAGCAGCCAUCAUUUGUCAGUCAGUCAGAGUGGUGUGAGGUGAUCCCGGAUUGUUCUCUCUACCUUUGUGUGUGAAUAGUCGAAAUAAUAAAACAAAUCCAGUCGUUUCUAAGCGAAAAUAGCAAUUAUUCAUCGGCGAUACAAUUAGAAGAAAGCUCGCUCUAGUGUAGAACUUGGCCUGUGCCCCAGGAAGAAACAAGUGCACAGCAGCAACAGUUGAAGUUCCGCAGGAAGUGGGAGCUGGUGACCACCUUUUUAAAACCGGAGAAGUUGCAGAUUAGAUAAAGCAAAAAAUGGCCGAUCAACUUACAGAGGAACAGAUUGCCGAAUUCAAAGAAGCGUUUUCGCUGUUCGACAAGGACGGUGACGGCACCAUCACAACCAAGGAGCUGGGAACCGUGAUGCGAUCGCUAGGUCAGAACCCCACAGAAGCAGAACUGCAAGACAUGAUAAACGAAGUCGACGCAGACGGUAACGGUACGAUCGACUUCCCCGAGUUUCUCACCAUGAUGGCUCGUAAAAUGAAGGACACCGAUAGCGAAGAAGAAAUCCGGGAGGCGUUCCGAGUCUUCGACAAGGACGGCAACGGCUUCAUUUCGGCAGCUGAGCUGCGUCAUGUCAUGACCAAUCUCGGCGAGAAGCUAACGGACGAGGAAGUGGAUGAGAUGAUCCGUGAAGCCGAUAUAGAUGGCGACGGCCAAGUUAAUUAUGAAGAAUUCGUAACAAUGAUGACAUCGAAGUGAGCUACAGGUCGAAAAAUUGCGCCUUUCUAUUAUUUGUUUAUAAAGAAGACUGUAGCCACGCGCAACACCAGCUGCGCAACGCUAUUGCUAUGGAUUUAAAGAAAAAAAGGAGUAAAAAAGAGAAAAAACGUAAAAGUAAAAAUUAACAUUAAAUUAACUAAAAACACGAGAGGAAGAGAAAUAGAGAGAAAAAAAGGACAAAAAAAUAAUGCAAAAACCACGUAAGGAAAAAUAACUUAAAUUAAUUGUAACAACACAAUUUUAAAUAAGAUAAAUAAAAGGAGAAAGAAAAAAUACAUUAAUUAAAGUUAAUCACUAUCCUUAAUCUAUUUGUGUAAAUUUUUGUAAAAAUAAAAUAUAAAUAUAAAUUUAAAAGAAAGAAGACAGACAGGACAGGACAGGCAAAGGAAAGUGUGUUUAGGCUCGCUCUAGCGCGGCGGGACACCAGCAAAGGGCGCAGAAGGCUUUUGGAAAUGGUGGGACAGGACAGGACAGGAAAGAUAGGAUGAGAAUAGUUCCGUCGGUGGUGGUGGUCUGGGCCAGAGAAGGACAAACAUUCUAGGGAGGAAGGGGUCAGGCUAUGCUGUGUUGUUUCUGAGAUGGCACAUUCCAGCAGCCAGCCAACCGCGCGUUUGCGAAUCGUAUUUUCUCUCACACACCACAGACACACGUACAGAGGCACACAAUGAAAUGACCCGAAUGAGCAGCAAAAUUCCAAGACUACACCCCCCCCCCAAACUUUUCAGAAUGAAAGACAUGCAGCAGCUCCUGAGUCCGGCCCGGGAACGAAAGAGAUUUUUCUGAAGUUGGUAGGAUUUUGAACAGGAAGUGUUUUUUCAAAAUUUUUGAACGAUCUUUCUUUGCUCCAUAAACCCACGCAGUGGGUAAAAGGAGCAUUGGAGCAAUCAAGCUUGGCAUUCAUAGUUUUCAGCGAAAAUUGCAGAAGGAAACAAAACUCUUACACACAUAAAAUUGUAAUGGUAAUACUUAACCGAUGAAAGUGAAUUACUAUUUAUUAAAGUCGUAAUCUUGUAGUUGUUCGAUCUAAGAAAAACCAACAAAACAACAAAAGUUCGUGUUUUCUUAUCUCCUGAGAGGUUCUCUUGCUGCUGUUGGGUGUAGAGCACCGCGUGCGGUUGGUUUUGCCAGCUGAUGUCGUCCACUGGCCUGACCCAGAGGAAGAAUGUGAGUCUUUUUGCCUUCAAAGAGCUUCUGGUGGUGGCAGCAGUGCCAUGUUCGGGAAGUGUUUGUUUCGCUCGGAAAAAAGUGUGCAUUUCUCGGUCUUCUGCCACAUUGAUUGUCAUAGUUUACCAUUGCGCGCUGCUGUUGAGAUUUUUGUGCAGAGGAGAUGGAAAAUGAAUGGAUGCUUUUGGUGUUCAGAGAGCCGUCGUCGAAGCAGUGGGGAAUUGGUUUGGGUAGGAGUUUGCGAAGAAGGAAUCCCAGUGAAACAAACACACAAGGUCAUUACAGUAAUCGAGCGUACAACAGAAUGGAACGGAAAAAAACGUAAACGAUAUAUAGAAUUUGGGAAAAUUGGAAAUCCAACAAGGAAUGGAACGAAUUAUCUUUUUUUGCAGCAUUUACCUUCUCUAGCAAGUGAAAAAGAAUGGGAAAUUUAAACAUUAAGUGUGUACCUAGAUGAGAGUAUAAUAGCAUUGGAAAAAACAGAGAAAGAACAGAAUCCAUAUUAAAAAAAAUAUAGAGUAACAACAAACAAAAAAACAAGAAACCAUCUAUUAUGUGUAAUUUACUGCUAUAAUUUUCCACCAACAUACACACGCAUUACCAGAGGAGUAAAUCAAGCAAACACAAACGAAAAUACACACUUGUGGUAAAACAAAAACAUACAUUUUGAGCGAUAGCGAAAAUACACCGUUAGAGGAUAAAAAUCAGCAGUAUAUGAGAAUAAUGAAAGUAACGAAACAGUGUAUAUUAUUGUAACAAUAUAGGUUUUUUUAUUCGUGACCCAUAUAACCCACAUACUUCUUGCCUUCUCGUUUGAUAUUCUUUGGCAAGUGGUUAGCGGAUACGAACUUCCCAUUUAAAGUUUAACAAAUAUAUAUAUAUAUAUAUAUAUAAAUGACACAUGGAUACAAAAGCAAGCAAAAAACACUCUGUGAAUUUGAGCAAUUGUACACUCUCACACACAUAUAUACCGUACAUCAACACUCCCACACUCAUACACACAAAUUGCGCGACACACACACGGUGUACUUUUCGGUUUUGUUUGUGCGUUUCAUUUUCGUUUCCAGUUCGACUUUUGCUAUUGAUUAUUAACAUUAGAACAAGUAAACAUGAAGCAAAAAAAAACAAAAGCUGGAACGAUAAAGUAUAACAUUUUCUAUUGAAAAAUCUUUUUGUAAAAGUGAACAUGCAUAUUAAGAAAUGAGAUUAAAAAAAAAACUAAAUAUGAAGCAAAAAAAAAAAACAAGACCCAAAAAGAAUUAAACGACAAAACAAUUUGUGAACUAGUGAAAAGGCAUAUAUUUAAAUGAAGUUAAAAACAAAGCAAGCGAAGCGUUUCAGAAGUAAACAAACCAACUUUCAUCUGGUUAGAAUAGUUUCUCUUUCUGUGACACUUAAAACUGUAGCGGAGCAAAGAAAUAAAACAACUAGGGGGCAAGGCAGCGGAACCCGGGUAAAGUGGUGCGUGCGCGACCAUUGCUUUGUUUCGUGUCGAGGCGAGAACUCGGGUAAUCCUGAUCACAACCGCUCGCACGCGGGUUGUCUGCUUUCCUCUUCGCUAGGGAAGCGCGUUUCGGCCCCGGGGAUACCUUCGGUAGAAAGCUAGAGAGCGGCGGGGCGCUGGUUUCGCCAUUUCCCGAGCAAUCCCCACGGCUUAGCUCUCGGCUGGAGAUUAACACUUAAAAGCAAGCAACGAAUUUUGUGUAACGAUUCCACACUGUUGUGUCCGUCCUUUGGCGUCUCUCCUGAGGGCGAUGCCCAAAGAGUGUAAAGCCCACCCAACCCUGUGGGCGCCCGCGCGAGGCGCCAUGUUGACUUUUCACAAACGGACCCAGGCCAUAUGCAUGACGAACAAAAACAAUCGACCAGCGCCCCCACGCGAAUGUUUGACAAAAUCCUCCCACCAGGUAAAUUGCAAUCGUUUUUGUUUUGCAUCGGUCAAAAUACACCAGCGACGAAGACGAAGAAGAAACUACCUUCGCUGUUUGUUGUUAGUCGAGAUUUUUAGGACCCUGCACACACAGGACACUGUUUCGAACGCAUUUUUACGUUCCCAAACCGAUAAUCUCUCUCUACCCGACAGCGAUUAAACGAAAGAAUUUAACUCUCUUCAAAAUUCAACACUCUCUAAACUUUGAACUGAAACAAACAAAAAAAAAAGUUACUACCUUACAAGAAACUUUGAAUAAACAAAAUCAGAUAUAUUUAAGGAACGAGGUUAAUCAACUAGUGGACAAAAGAAAAUCCUUCGUAUAACAAAGGAAUAGAAAAAAACAACAAAAUCUAGCUAAAACAAACUUUAAAAUUGAAGAAAAUUUAUAACAUCAGUACGUUUAUCGGACAUGUAAUAAUCAAAAGUUACAACAACACAAAAGACACAACAAGGAAAGGAAAAUAAGAAAAGAAACAAAAACUCUGCAUUACAUCCAGUUAUACACCGUUUUGAUUUGCAAUCAAACACUUUUCAGUGCCACACAAAUCGAAAAACAAAUUUGUAUAUUUGUCAAGGACCGACUUAUCUAUGGUAAAACGGCAAUCAAGGUCAAUUUGCUAUUUGAACUCGUUUGAUUGGAUUUCCUCUUUUAAAUUACCCACAAAAUGUGUGGCAAAUUGUCAGCAGCAGGAGAGUUACAAAUAGAAUGAAGAAAACCCCGUAGUAAACUAACUACUCACACCCACAAAAACAUAUAAGAAUUAACGGGAAAGCAACAAUUAUUCCAGUAGCAAAAAGAAAAGAAAAAAAAAUUGAAACGAACUCGCUAUCGUGUGUGUGAUAACUAUAUAUUGACGCACUUCUAUUACCCAUUUUCGGUUUUUAUAAAGUGAAAAAGCUUAUCUUUUCUCUCAUUUUUUAUAAAAUGCGUGCUACCCCGGAGUUUUCACACGGAGCAACUUAAAACCUUCUCAACAAUAACCGAACAAAUAGAGCAUCGCAGAGAGAUAGAAAGCUAGAGAGAGAGGGUCAAGCGAAGGAAAAGCGCGUUGGUAGCAAACUAUACAACAACACACCCACAUAAACACAAACGCAUUCAUCAGAAUAAGAAAAAAACCAGAAAGAAUCUAUUCCCAAACAAAUGAAAAAAAAACAGAGAAAC